GGGGAAGACCUACAACAGAGCUACCAGGCCUGAUGUCCACGAUUGUCUAGUGUGAUCAAACAAAUUUAUUCACCAACCCAACGCUAUUUUGAUCGUUAAAGGUCCUUCCCUUCCCACCAUUUUCAUAGCUCGAUGGCAUCCACAAGCUCAAAUUCUUUAUUUGGGGGCGGCGCGCUGGGAGCCACCACACAGUCAUCGACCCUCUUCACAACAAAUAAUCCAAUAAAUGCUGUAGGGAAUACGUUCACUCAGGGUCAAUCAACCGGAUCACUUUUUGGCGCACAGCCGCAAGCCCAGCAACAGUCUGCCCCAUCUUCAAAUCUCGAGCAUAGCCAGGCACAGGCUAAUACAACCCAAUCCUCACUGCCUCCAAAUCAAUCCACGCAGCCCGCAUUUUUCAACAGCCUGCUGGAGCGUGGUAAAAAACGACCACUUUCUACAAUAGGGCGAAGCAGCAAUUACGAAGAGCUACCCAGUCUUCAAUUAGGCCUUGAUGAUAUCCGAAGAAAAGCAAGAGAACUUGGUAAUGGGGGAACAAAGGGUUCACAACAUAUACAGGACAGUAAGGCUCACUAUCUCCUCGCUGCAUCUGGAGUUUCACCAGGGCAUACUUUGCGGGAUCUUAAAGCUUUAGACCCCCAAGCCUUGGUAUUAGGCCCUACAAAAGAACAAGAGACUUUUGACCCCGACAAUCAAAAGUUUUUGCGCAAUAUACAACAACGCGGCCGCCAUGCAAUGAUUGCGGAGAGCCUCACUCGUAUUCAUAGAGAUUUCGAUAUAUUCUUGGAGGAAAAGGUCGACCUUGAUUGGGAAGAGCAACGUCGGAGAAUUUUUCAGCAUUUUGGUCUGGCACAGAAGGAUGACAAUACCGGUGAUGGAAGAGGCGCAUUCGGUCAUUCUGUGCGACAGUCAAAACAAUAUGGUGCCACAUCAAGCUAUACCGCCCCAGGCGUCACCCAUAGGAGUGUCUUUGGGCGCUCUGGUAUGGAGAAGUCAGUUAUUGGUGUACCCAGCACUAGAACGGCGAGUCAUAGAUUUUUUGACGCCCCAAUGGAACGAAGUGACGCAUCCAGCACUCAGUCUUCAGAUCUUCAUUUCUUACGGGAAAAGAUGAGCCGCUAUGCGGAUAAGGUUCAAUUGCUGAACUCUGCUAGACUCCAAGCACAUACUUUCCCUGUCCUCCACGAAUUUUCUGAAGUUGAAAGCCAUGUUGGUGGCGAUGUUCCCCGGCAACUCUUUGACGCUUACCAUGCGCUAAUAAGCAUUGUUCAAGAAACUCCAAAUAUUGUAAACACGUCAGAUCCGGGUGCAUUGAAGGAACGCCAAUUUUCUGAAGAUUACCUGGAUGAAGCGCCAGGCUCGCGACGUGCUAUUAGCUUGAGAAAGAGGAUUGUGGAUGGGUCCAGAACGUUUCUUGAGAAUCUGUUCUACAAUGAGGUUGAAAAUGUGGUUGCUAAAAACCCUCGAGAAGCGCAGCUUGGUGGAAUACCGACUGUGAUCAAUAAAAUUCGCGCCUAUAUCCGACUUAGAGCGGCGAGGAAGGAUCUCGCUCCUGAUGGGACAGAGCUGCAAAUGGUUGGUCAGGAUUAUUGCUGGAUCCUCAUAUUCUAUCUUCUCCGAUGUGGAUUCAUUACUGAGGCGGCAGAAUAUGUUAGCCAAGACCCUGGGUUCCGGUCAUUGGAUCAUAAAUUCGUGACUUAUAUGACAACUUACGCGCAGAAUAGACGUUUACCAAGGGAUCUACAACAAAAAAUCAACGGUGAAUAUCAACAACGAUCGCGCAAUGCUCCUGAUAAUACUGUUGAUCCUUAUCGGAUGGCUUGUUACAAGAUUAUCGGACGCUGUGACCUCAGUCGCAGACGCUUGGAAGGUGUAAACCAAAGUGUCGAAGACUGGAUGUGGUUGCAGUUCAACUUAGCUAGGGAAGAUGAUCGUACUGAAGAGGUUGCAGGAGAUGUUUUUGGGCUGGAGGAUAUCCAGACAGAUAUCGCUGAAAUCGGGCAGCGAGUUUUCGGGAAGGGCCAAGAGGGACCUGGCGGCUAUGGAACUUUCUUUCUCCUACAAAUCUUGGGAGGAAUGUUUGAGCAAGCCGUCUCCUACCUCAGUUCUUACGCUCCAGUCAGCGCUGUGCACUUUGCAGUUGCUUUGGCCUACUACGGCCUUCUGCGCGUAUCUGAUUUCUAUGCUUCAGGUGAAGAAAUCAUAUCAUUCACUGUGAAACAAUAUCCACAGAUCAAUUUCGGCUAUCUCGUCAUACAAUACACGAAGGAAUUCCGUACGGGGUUGGUGGAGGCAGCAAUUGAUUACUUCUCCUUGCUUUGCCUUAACGCUGAUCUUCCAGGCUCCUUGGGCAAGUCACAAGCCUCAGUGUGUCACGAGGCAUUGCGCGAAUAUAUCUUGGAAACCCGGGAAUUCGCCAGGUUGUUGGGAGAUGUACGUUCCGAUGGAACCAGAAUCAAGGGGCUAAUUGAACAACGGAUUGGCUUGAUCAAGUUGGUAGAUCAAGAGGAGUUUUUGAAAACAAUAACUGUACAAGCGGCAGCUGUGGCCGACGACAAGGGCUUAAUCACGGAUGCCGUCCUAUUGUACCAUCUCGCUGAAGAUUACGACCGCGUUAUUGAUAUCAUCAACAGAGCACUAUCUGAUUCUGUAGCUGUCGAAUUGGGCGGCCCUUCCUUGAAACUGCAGCCAUUACAACCACGGACAAAACGGCAAGAUGCUCAAGUCUCAGAGCAGGAGGCUCUUAGGGAGCCUGGUAGUAGCCUCAGCUUGACAGCAGUGGAAGACCCAGUGGCUCUGGCAAGAAACAUUAUCAGCAUUUACAACAUGAAUGCCCUAUAUUACCAGCGAAUCCGCCCUGUCAAUCGUGACGCAUGUGGUUUGUUGCUUCAAAUGAUGGAAGCCAAAGCUGAAGUUGAAGCAGGAAAAUGGACCCCAGCCCUGGAUGCCAUCAAUGCCCUGAACAUCCUUCCUCUUCGGGCUAGAGGCUCAGUACCCUAUAUCCGAAGCGCAGCUCAAGCAUUCUCGUCCUUCCCCACGAUGAUCUCUCGCAAUAUUGGGCAUGUGGUAAUGUGGAGCAUCACAUGUAUUGGCCAUGAAAGAGAACGACUGAACUCUGGGACAUACGAAAAUCAAAUCAGACAAAGCCUAGCUGAUGAGUUACUGGUAAUGGCCAAAGAUCUGAUGAUCUUUUCUGGUAUGGUGAAGUAUAAAUUGCCACCCAGAGUCUAUGAGACGCUCGCCCGUGCUGGCGCAGAAAUCGGGGCAUAUUGAAUGUUAUUCUACUAGGUAGUUGCUAUGGAGUGUAUGCUUGAUGUUACCUAACUUACUACUACCAGUCCUCGUACAAGCUAUAGGCCGAUUGAUCAGAACUUUGAUUGGUGCAAUUGUAGGUAUGUAGUGUUGGUGCCCGCAGCUAGUAUAUAGGCAUCUACUCUGAUGUACCGGUAAACCCAUGGGCGGACUUUUUCCGCGCCGGAGGUAAAGGUUGCGCCAAGGAUUCUUUGAGCGGAUAGG